CAAUUCUCACUGCUCACGUGAUCUUCUACUGUGAAUAUGGCGGCCGCUAAGUCUCGUCGAGCAAACAAGCAGCAACAGCAGCGAGCAGCUGCUAAUACAGCAGAAUCAAUCUCGAUGACAACCAAUGAGAAAAUAUUGAAAGAAUGUCAUGAUCUUUAUGUAACAGAGAAAAAUGGUCUCAUUGCUUUAGGCAAAGAAGUAGAUUACCCUCUCGUUCCUCCUCGUAAGAAAAUUACUGUAUUACUCAUCGGGAAUCAUUCAGCUGGAAAAAGCUCAUUUAUUAAUUGGUACAUUGAGGAACAUGUUCAGAAGACGGCAGUUGCCAUAGAAACGCAGGGUUUCUCGAUUGUGACUAGCGGAAAGAAGAGAGAGUCCCUCACAGGAAAUGCAACUCUUCAUCUGUUUCCACAAUUCAGAGAACUAUCAGAGAUUAAUGGUGUGGUUGACUACCUCAGUACGGAGGUAGCCACAUCAAAACAAAAGAGGUUUCCAUUUGUCACGUUUAUCGAUACCCCUGGACUCGUCGACGGUGACAUGAAGUACCCGUUUGACGUGGAGAAGACGCUUAUCUGGUUAGGAGAAAUGGCCGACCUUGUGUUUGUGUUUUUCGAUCCUCUGGGACAAGCAUUGUGUAGAAGGACACUUGAUAUUGUUGAGUGUCUCAAUGCAAAACAUCCUGAGAGAAUCAAGUUCUAUCUGAGUAAAGCGGACACAGCUGGUACUCAAGGGGACAGACAGCGUGUCCUAAUGCAGAUCACUCAAGAACUGUGCAAAAGACAGGGUCUGAACAGGGCCGGGUUUGACAUGCCGACCAUCUUCAUACCAUCACUGACAGAGAAGACAACUUGUGAUAAUCACAUUGAUGAAGUCUGUGAGACCAUCACUAAAACUAUUGACAGGAAUAUACAAAAUACACUCAAUACAUUGGAGAAAGACGCUGCAACAAUCUCAUCACUCUUCCAUGACAAACUAAACAAAGACAAGGAAACCAAUCAGCUUAACAUGAAGGCAAGGUGUAGAUCAUUCAUAGUGUGGUUCUUUGCUUUGCUUUUUCCAGCUAUUUAUGCUUAUUAUGCUGCCAAGAAUUGGGACUCGGUUGACAAGAUCAAUAUGAGUGAUUUAUAUUACUUACUCGGAUUUAGUCUCAUAAGUUUAAUAAUAUUUGUUAUUGGCUGUAAAAUGUACAGGAUUAAACGUGCUAUGAGUAAGAAGGAGAGAGCUCGUGUCCAAGAGAUAAUUGCUUACAUUGAUAAUACUGUCAAAACGAAAAAAGUAAAUGCAAUAUGUUUUGCCAUUUUGAUUUUCUUUGUAGUCCUCUUCGUAUCAAGAUUAUUUAAGUCAAAGUGUGUCUGGUAUUGACAUGCUAAAUGAGAAAUAUUAAAUCUUUUUAAAUAAGUUUUUAUCGGAGCAUGAAAAGGUAGAAAAUUUGAACUUCUCUGUGAUUUUAGAAGAUAUUGAAAAUUUUUGAAGACUUUAUUUAAUAGAUAUUUGACAUCACAAACUUCUAAAGAUAUUAAAUUAUUUUUGAUUUAAUGUUGACAGAUCAUGUAGCACAA